AUUUCGGUGCAGGCACGUGUAGUGACGUUAACGGUAAUCAGGUCAUCGCCUGCAUCGAUCGUGUCGCCACGCGCGGAGGGCGGAAGGAUAUCCACGUGUAGGACACAUAGGUCAUCAUCAAAACGCCGGAUGUUACUCCAAAGUCAAUAGUGGGAUAUUAAAAAAGAUACGCCAACUCGCUGACAAUAGAGAUGGCACGACUUGAUACGCAUUUUGCGGAAGUUUGAGUUAUAACAAAGAUAAAGAUUCCUAUUGUCUUUUGUGUAUGAGUUCUCCGUAAUUAUCUACAACAAUUAUAUAACAGUAUUCCCCGAGCCUGUAUGAAUUUUUAUCAAAUGGCGCCGACUAUUUGCGUAGCAGAAUUUCCGAUGGUCGGAACCACCGUUAACACAUACAUUCACCGGCGACGAAGAUCUCAAAAUGGAAUAAACAUCGCUAAACGGCAGAAAUUUUCGCUGGAACAGAUGAUACUGCAAAUUGGGACCAUCAUUGAAACAUCCCUAACAUCUCGUGAAAAUUAUUUACGGAGAUUAGAAUAUAUGAAUAUGAUUCCAAACUGUUCUAUUCCAGAUAAAAGUACGAAACAUCCAACAAAUACGAACGAGUAUUACAAAAAACUUGUCAAGCCAAGAAAAGAUCUUUUGAAUAUUAUCAUACGCACGAUAAUUCUCGUGCAGCGCAAUCGUAUCCUUCAGAGACGUCUAAACGCAUUACGAGCAGAGACACGAAGAUUUCUCCGUUCUGUAUUAAAUAAUCCGGAAAAGCAGUGUCAAGAACGAAGAUUGCAAAUGUCGACAUAUUCUGAGGAUGAGAUUGUUUCAUCAACUACGGAGAAAGUCUCGACAUUAUUACCUCCACUCAAUUCCGAUUCGAACAAGAACUUGUUUCACGAAGCUGUUUUCGCUUGCAAUAAUCUUGAUCAUACCAAUGAUAAAUCCAAUUUGAUUAAUCUUCAGAUUCAAACAGAAGCGAAUGUUAAGUUUUUAGGAUCUGAAGCUAAUAAUUUCUCAGAUGACGCAUAAGUAAGCAAAAAAGUUGUUUAAAAAAGAAUGUCCUCCUCAUAUAAAAAAAUAUAUAGUUUAGAUAUACAUAUUUUAUUUCAGAAGAUAGAUUUCUCUCUAAACAAAAUAUUUUCCUAUUUUUUAUAACAUAUAAUGUUAAAAAAUUGACAAAUAUUUUUUGAAAGUUACUCGCGAAAUCUAAUAUCUAAAGUAUAAAACUAAAGGUAUCAUUAGAUUUUUUCCUAUAUGGGAUGUUUUAGAAUUGGCGGAAAGUAGACUUAUAACUUAUAUUUCUUGUGAAAUUCGUAAUCCUUUUUUUUGUAGAAGAAUUAAAUAUUUAAUAUAAAAAAUUGAGAGAAGGAUGAUAUCGAAGUUCUCCUCAGUAUUGUCGUUGAAGAAAAGUGACUUUCAAUUUCACAGAGAAAACUAUGCUUUAAAUCCAUUUCUCGUCAAUUCUGAUACAUUUUUUAUAUCCACUUUUAAAUCCAAAUUGCAAUAUUAUCGCGAUAGAGACUAUUGAACGGAUAGAUUGUUUCUAGCAACAAGUUCGAUCCAAAACUUUAUAUUAAAGAAUUUAAUGUUAUAUUGAAAUAUAUAUCAAGUUGUAAAAAUUUCAGUGAAAGAUAAAUAACCUUACUACACACAUUGUGAAAUACUAUUCCAAUUUUCGAUAAACGUAAAAAAUUGCAUAUUUCUAAUUUAUAUAAAAUAAGAGAGAUCCACCAGUGUAAAGUAUUAUACAUACAAUUAGUCUUUUUUUCUCUUUUGAAAUAUGGUGAAAAAUUAUUUUGUAAAUGUUAGUGUACAAGGCACUUUUUACGCAUUUUCUUCCAGCGCGGAGACUAACAAUUAUAUUAACAAUGAUUUAACGCUGCUUGUGAGAAUAGUACUCAAACGAAUGAAUGAUUCCGUAAAAUUAAUCGUAAGAUUUUAAGAAAAAUAGUACAAGUAUUAUGUCUGCAUGAAUGUCAGUUUGUGGGCAUUAAAAAUAAAUUUUUAGAACUAAAUUUUAGAUUACUAAAUAUUUAGAAGUGUGCUAUGAGUCUUUAAAAAUGUGAUUCCCUAAUCGCUUUGAAUAGUAUGAGUAGUUGUGGAAAAAACGCCAUCUCUAUAAUUAAUCUAAUUUAUUAGAAUUCUGGCAGUUAAGCUAUCCGUACAUAAUCUUUUAUGAAUAAUCACAUAAUCAUUAGAAGAUAUAAUGAAUGUUACAAAAUAAUUCGCUAACUGUCCAGUAAUAAGCUAAUAAAGGACGAAUAAUGUUAAAAUGUGACAUAUAUUUGGUAGCAUUAAUACGUAAAUUAGAUAUCAUAAAGCUUUCAUAAUUUAAAAAAUUGUUGAUGCUAAUGCUAAUUUACCAAUUGAUUUCUAACGAUUAGUUGGAUUAUGAAAUAAUUCUAAUUGGAUAAGAUAAAAUUAUUGGUGAAAUUAAUGUAUUAUAGUCAUUGAAAUUUACAUUGAAUUUCAAUAUACAUAUAUGGCAAUUUUGUUGAAUGUAUCUCUGAUAGAAAUUUUCUUAUAUAAAAAAUUUUUGCUAUAAAAUUUUAAAUAAUCUAAGCAGCCAGCAACACUUCGUAAUCAAUAGCGGUGACGAUCUAUAAUUCUCAUAAUAUUCGUAAAUGUUUCGUGACAUUAUUUGUGCGUAUAGUAUAAUUUUUAUAUGUAUAAUCACAGUAAUGUUAGAGUUAAAAGUCAACUGUUUUAUGAAAGAAGACUUUCUUGGAUUUAGGAGCAUCUGUAUAACAUUUAAUUUAGUAAUUUAAAUAUUAUACUAAACUAUACCCUUUUACUAUCAUGGCUGUGAAGUCUGUAUUUGCAUUCGUAAUGCAUUGUCCCUUUUACAAUUUUGUCGAACGGAUGUUCUAGUUAUUAUAUAUUAGAAUAUACACAAUUUUUCACUAAUGUACAAUAGCUUAAUAUCACAGUACAUUAGCUAUAUAUAACAUAUUGGUCACAGAUAACUAUAUAAUUAUUAAACUAUUGAAUAAUAUAAUGAAUUCUUUUUAUGAAAAAUAACGGAUAAAAAGAUUAAUAUUUGUAAUAGAAACUAAUAUCAAAUUUCGACGUAACGUAAUCUAUAUUAAGAAAAACUUGAAAGAAGAAAGAAAAAUUGAUUAUUUUAUGUUACAUUCUUGCAUUAAUUUGGUACAUCACCUUUCGAUGUAUAAACUAUGUAAAAUUAUUGAAAAUUUUAAUUAGACUUUAUUAAACUUAAUUAGAAUUUAAUAAUUUUUUCUUUUUUUUUAUAAUUAAUAAGAAUCGAAAGCAAUGUUAACACUGCAUUUAAUCCAUCUUAGAACUGUGUGAUAAUCAUAGUAUAUUUCAGGGAUAUAACUAUAAAUUUCAUAUUGAAAAUCAUGUGAUAGCAUUAUUCAAUCAAACUGUAUGCUAAUAGAGAGAAUUUGUGCCUAAGGUGCAUGUACGCGCUACUUUUCGAUCACUACAAGCAAUACAAAUAUAAAUAUUUAUAAUAGGCAGCGUUUAGAUAAUAUUUAGAUUCAAUGUGUGUACUGAUUAUAAAUCUAACUUCCAUCCUAAUAUUUCCUACAGACGUAGAAAUACUUUAUUGUCAACAUGAUCAGUGUUUUGUAAACUUGAUCUUACAUACAUGACAUAAUGGACAUAUGUAUGUGCAAAUAAAUACAAUAUAAAA